UUUAAGGGGACAGAGGGAGGGCGGUUUGAAAGGAAAAAUGAACAUUUUAUCAACAUGUUUACAAUUAACCAAAUUACCCGAUAAAUGUGGAAGUGACUGGUCGCUGUCAGUAAGAUGCCUCAUCUGCAAGUUAGUUGAGACUAAACGUUGACUUGUUUUCGGCUUCUUCGCAGGACUUAGCUGAUGUUCAGUGAACUUGGUACGUUAGCUAGCUCGCUGCUGCUUGUUUGACUGCUGCCUGUCUUAACUUUCCUCUCCGUUAAACGUUGACCCAGUGUACCGUAAAACUGGUGUCUUUCUUCGCCGUAGCCUAGUAGUAGUAGUUGUAGCAACCGUAGUUAACCUACUGAAGAUGGCGAGUGUACAUGAAAGUUUGUAUUUCAACCCAAUGAUGACGAAUGGAGUGGUCCAUGCUAACGUGUUUGGCAUCAAAGACUGGGUGACUCCGUAUAAAAUCUCCGUGCUGGCGCUGCUGUAUGAGAUGACCGCAUCCAAAAUCACUCUACCGGAAAGAAGACGACUGAACAAGCUGAUUCUGCCCCUGCAGCAGGGUCCAGAUCUGACUCUUGGCCAGUUCCUGCAGACAGUGGAGGAGUGUUGCCCUCAGACUGCAUAUGCUGUGAAACUCAGGCUGCAUGAAAUGGCAGAUGGAGAGCUGAAAGACAUGGAGUACUUCUUUUCCACUCUUCCCACUCCCUUCACCGCUUUUGAUUCCGAGGCUUAUAAAACCAGUGUUGUGGGUCUUUUUAUGAGACACAUGCUCCUGGCCUACAACAAGCUGUCCUUCAGUCAGGUCUACAAACUCUACAAGUCCCUGCAGCACUACUACCACAGUCACUAUGCCAAGCCGACUGAUGGGCAGGUGGGUUUGCCAGCGCUGGUCGCCGACGACUCUGAUAUGGACCUCACCAGCACUGAGGACAAUGUAGGAGACAGAAUGGACAAAGAGGACUUGGACACACCAUUGCAUGAGUCAGAGCUUCGAAAUGACAAUGCUCCAAGCAGAGGUCCCCUCUCACAAAAACAAGCAGAGUACUUUCUUGCAAGACAGGCAUAUCUUCUGAAGAAUGAUGAGAACAAAGCUCUAAAGCCCGCUGCACUGCAGGAAGAGCUUAACAACAUGCUGAAGUUUAACCCCGAUUUUGCUGAGGCGCAUUACCUGAACUACUUGAACAGCAUGAGAGUCCAGGACAUCUUCCUCUCCGCCCACAGUCUCUUACAUUAUUUUGACCGCCUCAUCUUGUCCGGAAGUGAGGGAAAGAGCAACGGGGAUGAGGGCUAUGGUCGAAGUCUCCGCUAUGCUGCUCUUAACUUGGCAAGCCUGCACUGUCGCUUUGGUCACUAUCAGCAGGCGGAUCUGGCUCUACAGGAGGCUAUCCGCAUUGCCCAGGAGUCUAAUGACCAUGUGUGCUUGCAGCACUGUCUGAGUUGGCUCUACACACUGGAACAGAUGAAGGGAUCUGACAGCACAGUGUUAACUGAGGAUUCAGUGAAAAUGGCUGCCCAUUUCUGCCUGCCAUACCUGGCAUCUCUGGGCAUUCAGUCUUUGGUCCAGCAGGGGGCGACACAGGGUAAGACAGCACACAAACUGAUGGACGCACUGAAGGACACAGACAUCCUGCACUGGAAGCACAGUCUGUCGGAGCUGAUCGAGAUCAGCCUGGCUCAGACUACGUCCAUAUGGAGGAUGUACGGCAAGAGCACCAUGGCUCUGCAGCAGGCCCAGCUGCUUCUCAACAUGAGCAGUCUGGAGCCAGUCAACUUCAGCGUCCAGCAGAACAACACAGAGGCGUUCACCGUGGCUCUCUGCCACCUGGCCGAGCUGCACGCUGAGCAGGGCCUGUACAAUGCAGUUUCAGAGAUUCUUCGGCAUCUGAAAGAGCAGUUUCCUCCCCACUCGCAGCAUGCCAAGCUCUGGAUGCUGUGCGAUCUUAAGAUCCAGUUUGAGAGACAUAUGAACGAAGGAAAAUACCACUUAGCGGAUCUGCUAGUCACAGCCAUCUCUGCCUUAAACAAAACAGAAGGUCUCUACAGGAAAGCUCAAGUUCUGAAGGCUCUCAACCGCAGCACCGAGGCGUACAGCAUCUUACAACAACUGCAGGUUCGCUGUGAGAAGACUAAAUGUACAGAGAUGGUCAUCAGAGUGAUGCUCUCCACUGCUGAGCUUCACUGGGAGUCGUCUGGCUUCUCCACAGCUCUCCCUCUGCUCCUGCAGGCCUUGGCUUUGGCCAGACAGCACCACCUACAAUCCCUGGCCUCAGAGACCAUCCUUCACCUGGCCUUUACUCAGCUCAUGCUGGGGGUUCCUGAGCAGGCUCUGAGUGUCCUGCAUGAAGCCAUUGAGCCUGUCCUGGCCCACGGAGCAGUCAUGGACAAGGGCCGAGCCCUGCUGCUGACAGCCCGCUGUCAGAUGGCGGUGGCUGGGUUCAGGCCAAACGGACAAGGGCAAGCAGAUUUGCAUUUGGCAGUGUUGGCUGUUGACACGCUAAACGAGGCUGCUGCCUAUUUUUCAAAACUGAACUGUAAGGAGCGGCUGCGUGACGUCCACUAUCUGCAGGCUCAGCUCCACCGUUCUCUGGGACAAACUUCACAGUGCAACAAAAGUGCCAUGCUCUUCCGGCUGCUGGACCAGGAGCUGCAGUCACCAGCACCACCAGUCUCCAUGCGACUCUAACUGCUCCUUUUUCAACAACAAACUCGAUUUCUUUUUUUUUUUUUUGUGCUGUUGAGAAGGACACAACACCUCCUCUACCUGCUGAGCUGAGUCAUUUCAGCUCACCACUAGAUGGUGGUGAACCUCUGUUCUGCUCUCUCUCAGCUCUAAAGGAUUUCUUUUAUAAAUAUGAAGUGGAGGUAAUUGUGGAACUCUUUGCACGCACUGCCAGGAUAAUAAUUAAAUAGGACAAUGUCCACAGAGAUAAAUAAGGCUGAGUUCCCAGUAGAUUAAGAAUGGGUCUAUUGUCUCUUCACUUGUGGUCUGUUACAGAUUGAAUGAUAGCCUGUUAAUGAACACAUGUUUUUAAAAGCUUGUGCCACAGCAACAGUCCAGUUUUGUCUGACAAACAUACAUGCUAGGCAACGGCACCACAGAAACAAUGAAAGUUUAUCAGGAGCUGUCACAGCAGCGCUGAUUUACCCACCGCUACUUGAUGAAUGAGGGUAAUAUCACAGUUAGCUACAAGAUGAAUGUGUUUCAGUGGCCUGGAUGAUUCAUAUUCCACCAGAAGAAUACUGAUGAAGCUGGAAUCCAGAGGAAAGAAAUCGUGAUCACAUUUAUAAUGUAAUAGACUUGCGAUGACAGAACAGCAGAUACUGUAUCUGUAUUCCACUUAUGUCUGACACGAUUUGUGAGAACCAUUUUUGGCUGAUAACAUUACAUUUGUUCUGACGGAACCAUAAUCCAUUACUGAAAGCACUUCUUUCAAAAAAAUAAACGACUUGUUUCUUCUAA